UGCUUGGCAUGCUGGCGACUUUUUGCUCGUGCCAGGCGCGCUAUCCGCGGCGACAACACCACGCUCUCCAUCUCCAGGCGUGCUAUCCGCGGCUGCUGCAGCAACAAAGUCGGCAGAAUUGGAGUCUUGCUGCUCAGGAAGGCGAUUUGAAUCUGGAAAAUGUCUAUUGGCGUCCGCAGCAUCGCCAUGGCCUGCUCCAUCGCGACUGAGUGCCUGCGGCUCGCGUUGCCACCUGCGCCUGCCGUCCAUUCAGCCGCUCGGCCUACCUCGCGCUGAUCGCCCACGAACCCGCCGCUCUCCGUCGCUCCACGUCGUGGCCGUUGGUUGGGACCCGGAGGGCAUACUGGCGGCGCCGCAGCCAGGGCACAUCGCACGGCGCAAGCAGCAGCACCAGAUGGUGGACGAGGAGGCGGAGAGGGCCAAGCGGGAAGCCGUGGCUAAACAAGAGGCCGCCAGGAGAAGGGAAGCGCGCGCCAGCCGAGUGGUACCGGACACGGACGACGGGCUGAUAGAGUUCUUUCUCUCCACGGAGGUGCCUGACAUGGAGGCCGAGAUUGCGCGCUGCCGCCCGCGCCUCACGCCCGCCUUCUUCACGUCGCUGCGCACGGCCAUGGGGCAGCUGCGCUUCGCUGCACGCCCCACUGCUGAUGACGCCGACAGGCUGGCAGAGCUGGAGGCACUGGAGACGGUUCUGCAGGAGGGAAUCGCGGCGUAUGACGCCCUGGAGAAGGCAAUGACGGGUGCAAGGGAGCGCCUACACCGCCUGCUGUCAGCCAAGGACAAGCGGGCUGAGCUGCUGGCCAUGGCAGGCAGCAACGAGCUCGACAGGGACCUGCUCACUCUGCUGGAUGAAAACAUUGCUGCUGCCACUGCUGCCAACCAGUUGCACAUUCCCAACCAAUUUCUGCCGCAUUUCUACCUACGCGAGCUGAAAGUUGUGACUCAACUCUAG